UUUCUGAAAAUAAAAAAGAAUGAUCCCUCGUUUUCUCUGUUGUUCUGUUUACUCAUCUCUCCUUCCAUAAUCGCAUGAGAACAAAGGUAAAUUGAUUACCGCCCUCUUCAGUCUCAGCUCUGGCCACACUCAGAUUUGCAUGAUAGCCAGAAUCAGAGAAAUGUCAUCCAAUCUAAUAUUUCUCAACGCAAUGAUUGAUCAAUAACAUUUCGUCGAGUUAGCCACCAGCAAAUGAACACGGCAACCAUGGAUUAUUCUCAUUUACUAUCUCAUUGCAGAAUCGUUUUUUGAGAUCAUUGACAAGCAAGCAAGAUAUCAUGUGAUUUGGAUCAAAAAAAAUCGAAAGCAAUGGCCCUUUUGUCCUCGUUACCAGAUUCUGUGAAUUCUCCUUGCUCCAAAGUGUAUGCUAAUUCGAAUGCCAACGGAUCAAAUAGCUCGACAUGCAUGUAUAACAAUCAGGGGAAAUCGGAUGAAUAUCAACCUCAGGGAACGGGUUCCAACAAUUCCGACAGCCAAACGAACCACUUGCCUCUCAAGAACAAAAGUUCCUCAGUGGGAAUGCAAGACUCCUUUUCUGAUUCAGGGUUGAAGUCCAAGUCGAUGCAGAACGUUAAAUACGACUCAACAACGGGGAAAAUGUACGAGGAGCUGGGAGCUUCGGCCUCCAACAACGCUUCCAAUUUGCUCGGUCCAUCCUCGGCUGUUGGGGCUUCCAACGUGGACCUGAGCCGUGCCACAGCGGAUUAUCUCAACUACCAAUCCUAUCAAUCCUACCCCUACAGUCAGGUGUCACAAGUCAACUACAUGGGUAGCUUUGCUGCCACUGGUUACUCCACCGGAUCACAUCAACUCAAUCCUUAUGACAGAUCCAUGUAUCCCUAUAACACUCCGGGUGCCUUUGUGCCGCAUUCGGCCAUAAACUUGUCAGUCAAACCCAAUGAAACGAGUCAUGUUGCCACCGCCACCUCAUUAGAUCUCACCAUGUCCGAAGGGAACUCAUAUUUGUCGGCCUCAACCGACACCAGCUACGCCACAAAUACCUUAUCUACCAACAACUCUUUGAGUGGUCUCUCCGUGAAGCCGUCUCAAAGUGCAGCAGUGCCAAGCCCUCAAAUCUUAGAUUUGACAAGACCUAUUUUGAGUGGGCCCAACAAUCAUUCCUCUGCCUACACGAGUUCCUCUAAUACCCUGUCGUCGAGUCAUUCCAAUUCUCAAGCUCCGAGCAAGGAACAAACUGAGCCUGUGGAUUUCUCCAGUGGGUUUUCCACUGCCACUGCUUUUGGUCGGCCAGGCUCCUCCACCGAUUUAAGUCGGUUCCGCACCAACGCUUACUCCUCCUUCCCCAGUCUAGCACCUACUUACAACAGUCUCCUUCAAAAUGGAUACUCGUCGACGGGAUAUCCGAGCUAUAAUCAGACCGGUUACGGUUGUCUCAAUUAUGCAAAUUCCUCGUUCUCUUCGACGGAUGCCGCGGCUGCCUCGGCCGCGGCCAGUUUCGGCCUCCCGGGCAUGUUGGGAUCAGCUGGGGCCUCUUCCACCCCAAGAAGCCAGACGAGCUACAUGCCAUUCGGUCGGAUCAAUGGACGCAGUAAAGAUGGCAAGGAGUUGAUACAAUGCCCUACCCCCGGUUGCGAUGGUGUCGGCCAUAUCACCGGGAAUUAUGCGACUCAUCGGAGCUUAUCGGGAUGUCCCAGAGCCAACAAACCAAAGAGCAGGCCAAAAGAUGGAACUGAAGCUGAGCCGCUGAGAUGUCCAGUACCUGGUUGUGACGGUUCCGGCCACUCAACUGGAAAAUUUCUCUCUCAUCGAAGUGCUUCUGGUUGUCCUAUAGCGGCUCGCAACAAGUCUCGAGGUCUGGAUCCCAACGGAAAUCCUUCCUUGAGUAGCGGAAGCACAAGUGGCGGGGUUCUCAAGUACGGGUCAUCCAACUCACCCACAAUCACCACCUCUGUUGCCAAUAAUACCUCGAGUGGGUUUCUAUCCUCCUCAAGAAUGUCAUCUUCAGUGGCCCUGGGAGCAUCCAUGGCCGACUUUUCCACGGCAGUGGCAGCAGCGGCAGCAGCUGUAAGUGCCUCCGCAGCAGCGGUCUCCUUUGGGACAUCUGGACAGACUCCGGCGGAUUUGAUGAACUUAAACGAUGAUGAUAUUUCCAGUCUACAAAAGGACUCAUCCUUAACUGGGGCUAGUGGCAAAUUGGACGGAAGUAGUAGCGGUGGUGGUGUUGGUGGUGGGGCUCUUCUUGGGAAUUCGACAAGUCGAAGUGCUCGCAUUGAUCCCACUUACAUGGACACCUCGGACUUAAGCUCCUCAUCGUACAAAGAGUCGUCGGCCUCACUCUCCAAUUUCGAGACCAGAAGGUAUGGCGCCACUCUGGGGUCCUCGCCAGCCUCAUCGUCGAUAGGCUCGGCUAAGUUUAACACUUCGUACGAGAACCUGAGACGAGAUAUGAUAUCUAUUCUUGGCCAACACGUCAAAGUGCCCAAUGAGAUAGAGACUAGUGUGGUUCCACCCUCAAUAACUAACAUGCCCAAUGCAAUGCCAAAUCACAUUCAUCAUCAACAACAGCAACAGCAGCCACAACAACACAGUAAUCCUCAUCCAGAUCAUCAGCAGCAAACGCAUCAAUCUCAGGCUCCUCAUCAUCCUCAACAACAACAACCCCAACAAUCACAUCAGCUACAGCAGCAGCAACAACAUCACCUAUUGGACACGCCCUUGACGCCUCGCAGCACAAAUAAGGAAAACUUUGAUUCCUACUUCUCGAAACUCCAAACUAUUUGCACUGACAACAUGAACGAUGAUGUCAAGCCCGUCUGUGAUCCAUCAAGGAAACACCCCGUACAACAGCCUGGAGGCAGUUUUAGCCUCUCAAAUAAUGGUGGCGGGGCCGGAGGCGGCGGGGCCGCAAUGCUGACUUGAAUAUGAACGAACCUCUUAGGCCCAAUAAAAUGUCAAAUCAACGUAAACUAACAUCUCCAAGUAGAGUAGAAUGAUUCAAAAUCUCCUAUUUCGGCAUCAUCUACAAUGACGAAAAAUUGAAGAACAACAUUAUCAUCAUCACCUAAAUUGACACUAAAACGAAGACCUAGAACUGCCUAAAUUCCUUAUGGUACGAACAUACAUAUUAUCAUUAUGAUUAUCAUAAAUAUUGCUACUGCUGCUACUACUACUACCACUAUUUCAAGUACUAUCAUUACUUCAACUACAUCUCGUAUUACUUCAAAACUCCUCCUCAAAGAUAAAGAAGAAGACCCAAUUAGCUUGCUGUCUGCCUUGCUGUGAUUUCUAGAUCAAUAAAUUGUCCUUUGUAAAACA